ACAUUUUCGGGCAGAUGGCGUCGGCGCUGCAGAAGGAGCACUUGAAGCGGUCGCUCUCAGGGUCGCUCGACAUGCUCAAGCUCUUCUCGGCCGACUUCCUCGAGACGUCGCAGUCGAUCCAGGACCAGCUCGAAGCCCUCGAGCGCAAGGAAAGCAGUGGGAGGACCUUGAGCGCCGGCUCCAGCGCAACGCAUCCAGCGCCGCCAACGUUAUUACGCUCGACGUCGGUGGCACCAUCUUCCGCACGUCCAAGGACACGCUCUUGCGGCUCGAUGGCACGUACUUCAGGCCAUGCUGGGCUCGGGCCAUUGGCAGCCCAACGCAGAGACGGGUGCCUACUUUAUCGACAUUGAUCCAAUCCAUUUCGACCGCGUCAUGGUCUACCUACGCACGGGCGAGCUCUCGUUCGACGGGCUGAGCGACUGGGAGGUGCGCCACUUGCGCACAACGCUCGACUACCUCAACAUCAGCACGCCACGCGAGCUCCACACGCCCUCCGAGCGCGAUGCUGGGAGCUUGAAGUGGAACCCGCACCUCUGUUCAGCGGGCUUGAGCCUCUCCGACGACGGCAGCUCUGUCCAGCGCGCCAAUGCACCGAGCCGCAGCGUGUCGCAUUCGGUGCUGGGUGCAUCGUGUGUCGACGUCUAUUCGCUGCGGCUUGAGCGCAUCACGACGGUCGGCAACGUGCUCGGCAAGCUCUUCGUCGGCCUCGCGCCGCGCAAGGGCUUUGGCGUCUACUCGUACAACCCGGAAGUGUCGGGCUACUACGUCGAGCUUCGCCACGGCACGCUUUACGCCCAAGACGGUAUCCGUGGGACUCCGUACUGCGCUGGGUUUUCCGAAGGCGAUGUGGUGACCGUGCGCUGGCGCCGCGACGUCGGCGAGAUUCACUUUGAGAAGAACGACCUUGAACUUGGCGUCGCCUUUAGCGGGCUACCCACAGACCUCGAGCUCUUCCCAGCCGUCGACAUGUACUACCACGGCGCGCACCUCUCGUUCGUUCACUAAGUUAUAUGUAUG